AUUUUCCCCCAUAACUCUAAGAGAAAAAGAAAAGGGCCCUAAUUCUCUCUUCUAUUCAUCUCUUCACCAUAAUCAAUCAUCAGAAAAUUUAAAAAUCAAAAAUCAAAAAUCAAAGGUGGUAGUUUAAAUGGAAUCUUGAGUACUGAAACUCAGGGGAAAAGCGUUUGAACGUUUUAGUUUUCGUGUCUUGGUUUUUGUGUUUCUUAAAAACUCAAGUUGUCGGUGUCUGUUGUUUUGUCCCCAAUCAUCCUUCUCCACCUCCUUAUGUUCUUUUUUUUCAGUUGCUGUUAUUUACUACGUUAACCUCUUUGUCUAUUUUGGCCUUGUUUUCCUCAUUCUGUUUCAAAACCUCUCCCUUAGCUUAUUGUCAACGCCAACUAUCUUUAAUUGUCUUCCCAACUUCAAAGAAAGAAAGCAAAAAAGAGGGUUUUAUUUAAGGGUUUCUUCAAGUGCUGAUUAUUUGUUGAAGCCUUUAUUCACAUUGCAUGGCAACCAAUACUAAGCUUCACUCUCUCACCUCCCAUCUCAAUUCAACAAGAUUUUAGGAAGCUAAGAAUAUUGAGGAAGGAAGAGAUGUUUGGAGGACAUGGUUUUGAAGAUCAUCAUGAGGAUCUACUACUAGAGAUGACACAGAAAAACUUUGAAGCUGAACUGGAAAAAUUUGGAGAAGAUGAGUUCGAGAGUAGAUCGGUGACCGACGCCAUGGAAGCUUCUUUGGGAGAGGAACAUUGUGUUCUUAAUCAGAGAAAUAAGAGGAAGCGUUACCAUCGCCAUACUCAGCUUCAAAUCCAGGAAAUGGAAGCGUUCUUUAAGGAGUGUCCACAUCCAGAUGACAAGCAAAGAAAGCAGCUGAGCCAUGAGUUAGGACUCGAACCCCUCCAAGUCAAGUUCUGGUUUCAAAACAAGCGCACCCAAAUCAAGGCUCAACAAGAACGGACUGAGAAUGCAAUAUUGAAAUCUCAAAACGAGAAACUAAGAGCAGAAAACAUGAGGUACAAGGAAGCUCUAAGCAACACAAGUUGCCGAAAUUGUGGAGGUCCUGCUGCUCUUGGAGAGAUGUCCUUUGAUGCCCAACAUUUGAGAAUUGACAAUGCACAUUUAAGAGAUGAGAUAGAGAGAUUAAACAGUAGUAGCAAAUAUGGUGGGAAGGCAUGGGGUUCCCAUUCUUCUCAUAUUGUUCCAUGUGGAGGGCAGCUUGAUCAUCUUGGGGUUGGAAGAUCAUCAUUAAAUUUAAAGCCGGGCCAACAGUUGAAAGCAGAUGAUCAUAAUUUGUUAGGGGAAAUGUAUGGAUCAGUGGGAGAUCAGACGAUGACGUUAAAAUCAUCUGUGACUACUGAAAUUGAUAAGCCAGUAAUUGUUGAGCUUGCAGUUUCAGCCAUGGAAGAAGUGUGUAAAAUGGCUCAAGCAGGUGAGCCAUUGUGGGUUACUGGUGAAAACUCCAUGGAAAUGCUGAAUGAAGAUGAGUACUUGAGGACUUAUUCUACAAGAAUUGGCCCUAGAAUUGUGGGACUAAGCUUUGAAGCUUCAAGGCAAACUUCCAUUCUUGCUUUUAAUCAUCUAAAACUUGUCCACAUUCUCAUGGACGUGAAUCAAUGGUCAACCGUAUUUUGCGAGAUUGUUUCAAGAGCAUCGACACUGGAAGUCUUAUCAUCUGGAGUUGGUAAUGACUAUAAUGGAGCUCUACAAAUCAUGACGGCAGAGUUGCAAGUAGCUUCUCCUUUGGUUCCGACUCGAGAAAUUUACUUCGUAAGAUACUGUAAGCAGCAGGCAGACAGAAGUUGGGCUGUGGUCGAUGUUUCACUCGAUUAUUUACGCCCCACUCCUACUUCAAGGACUCGAAGAAGACCAUCUGGUUGCUUAAUCCAAGAACUUCCCAAUGGUUACUCAAAGGUGACAUGGGUGGAACAUGUAGAAGUGGAUGAUCGAGCAGUACACAAUUUGUACAAACGAGUGGUGACAUGUGGUCUUGCCUUCGGCGCGAAACGAUGGAUGGCUACUCUCGAUCGACAAUGCCAACGCCUAACCAACUCCUCAUCUACCAAUAUUCCUGCACUAGACAUAUGCGUGGUAACAGGGCAAGAGGGGAGGAAGAGCGUAAUGAAGUUAGCAGAGAGAAUGGUGAGGAGUUUCUGCAGUGGCGUUGGGGCUGCUACUGCACAAAACUGGACCACAUUAUCCACCAUUGAUUCCGACGAUGUUCGUGUCAUGGCGAGAAAGAGCCUCGACGACCCAGGUCGACCUCCUGGAAUUGUUCUCAAUGCAGCAACUUCUUUCUGGAUUCCAAUUCUCCCUAAUAGGGUUUUCCAUUUCCUCCGAGACGAAAACACCCGCAAUCAGUGGGAUAUACUUUCAAACGGUGGGUUAGUUCAAGAAAUGGCUCGAAUUGGCAACGAUCGAAACCCAGGAAACUGUGUGUCAUUACUUCGUGUUAAUAGUGCAAAUUCAAGUCAAAGCAACAUGUUGAUACUACAAGAGAGCCGCAGCGACGACAUCACCGGUUCCUACAUAAUCUACGCCCCAGUCGACACCGUCGCCAUGAACGUGGUUUUAAGCGGCGGUGACCCUGAUUACGUGGCUCUCUUGCCAUCUGGAUUCGCCAUUCUCCCUGAUGGGCCGCCCAUUGGGCCUGAUGGGCCUCCAGCAAUUCUCGAAUUCGGGUCCGGUGGUUCCUUGUUGACCGUUGCUUUUCAGAUAUUAGUGGACUCGGUUCCAACUGCCAAAUUAUCUCUUGGGUCGGUGGCGACGGUGAACAGCCUCAUCAAGUGCACGGUGGAGCGGAUUAGAGCUGCACUCAUGUGUGACCAACCCAUGAAUUAAUUAUAUUUUUCAUAGACACUAUUUUAUGUUUUUCCUUUUUUCUUUAAUUAAUUUCAAAAGAGUGAGCUAUAUAAAGAAAUUAAACAGAGUAGAAGGGAGGAAGAGGAGUCAAAAACGAACCUUG